AUGAAAAAUAAUAAAACAAGCAGUAAUUUAGGCUCAAUUCCUUAAGAAAGAAAAAAUAAAUAUAUAGGAAUGUCUAAGACUCUUCAUUAGCAAAUUGGCAUUAAAAAAAGUGUAACAGAUAUGAUUUAAAAAUAACCAAGUACUUUACAUAAUUGUAGCUCUAGUGCAGUUAAUGUGAAAGAUUAAUAAAAUUUUUCAAGAGUCAAUAAUUUAAUUACCAUGUAUGAUAAAACUUAAAAUAAUGUGAAAUAGAAUUACAUAAAAAACAUUUAAAAUAAAUAACAAAUAAUUUAAAAAUAAAAAGAAUAAAAAAUAUAAGUAUAGUCUAAUUAAAAGUUAUAAAAUUAGUAGAUUAAAAUUGAGUAAUCUAAAUUAAAUUCUGAAAAUAUAAAAGCUGUUUAAAAUGACAACCCUUAAGAACUAUUUUAUGUAUUUUUCAAAACUAAAAGUUUUGAACUUGAAGGAAAUAGCUAAUAAUAAGGUAAAUCAUUUUUAGAGAUUAACAAAAUGAUUUAAGAAAAUAGUGAUAUAAAAUUUAGUUAAAUACAACAGAUUAAAGUAGAAUGUGGCAAUUAAAUAAAUAAGUUGCAGCUGUUGAUUCCUAAAUGCAACAAUCUUAAAUCUAUAAAGAUUUUUCAAAAAUUUCAGACAAUCAAUUUUUCGGAGCUUAGUAAAUUCAUACAAUACAUUUAAAAUUUUGAGAAUAUAAAAGAAUUCAAGCUAGAUUUUAGUCAGUAACUCAUUCAAUUAGAAUAAUAUUAUUUUUUUAAAUUAUUAAAAUCUCAUGAUAUAUUUAUUUAAACAUUUAUCAAUCAAAUUAGAAACAGGUCUCUUACAAAUAAUGUAAUUGAAUUAAUAAUUUAAUUUUGA